GCAAAAUAUGUAAAGGUUAAUAUGUGGCACAAAUUGUUACCCCAAUUAAAUAAUUGAAAAAUUAAAUACAAAUGUUAACUAUUAAGUUGAAUUUUAAGACACCAUUUAGUAAAGUGUGUUUUAUUUAUAUGUUAUGCGCUACAUAUUUUAGCAUACUUUGCCUGUAUUUAAGAAACACACAGAAUUUUCUGAAUUCAUUGAAUUUAUUUAUUUAUACAUUUGUUCCUUCUUUUCUUUAGUCAUUCAUUCACUCACUACCUCCUUUCAUCCCUUCCUUCCUCAGUUACACACUCACUCUCUACCUCCCUCCCUCACUCACUAAUCUAUUCAUCUACUUAAAUUGCUGAUUAAGGAACAUGGCAUUGACCUUUAGGCCGUGUUUAUCAAUACAGUAUGCUAAAAAAUGUUUCCAUGUCUUCUUGAUACUGAAAUACAAACAAAAAGUCAUCCUUCGCCUUGGAGAAUUGACCCCUCAGGACCUUUCUGAUGACAUUUUGGUGAUCGUCCCUGUGCAUCCGCAAAAAUACAGGCUCUGUCACCUCCCCAUGGAAUAAGUCUCUGUGACUUUGUAUUCAGUCCCAUGCUGAAUGUAGGUCUCUGACAAUGGCUGGCUGCUGCACCUGGUAAAGUAAAGACACAAGUUUGUAUUCAUGUAUGUAUAUGUGCAUGCAUGUAUAUAGGCACAUAUUCAGCAUACAUGCAACUGCUUAAUAUAUGACCACAAUAGAUUUCACUCCACUGCCAUGUUGAAAUCGAAAAGGUGGGAGGAAAACCGGAAGGACAGAUAGACAGCAAUGGUUUUGACUACCAUCGGGUGUCUGUGACAUGAAAAAAACAAAUGAUGCGUUUAAAAACAACAUUAGAUUGGCUGUGUGUGCGCGAAUGAAACCCGCAAAUGGCAGUUCCAACAGUCACUAAUAUGUUCUCACUUUACCAACAGUGACUUUACAGAUGUAAUAUUAUUAUCUUGGCUGGAUAGUCUAUCAUACACUUGUUGAAUGCACCACCACUGGCAAAUCAAUGGAACCUCCUCCUAAAACACACACAUGCACGAACACACACACAGUAGUUUGAUGGCAUAUGUUUUCUUGUGUGAAAAUCCAGCUUACCUCUGUGACUGUUAAUGGACACGAUGUGCAGGUGCAUACUGUGAAACACAAAUAACACUGUAAGAGUUUGCUUUUAUUAUCUAACAGCUCUGACAAAUGAAACAUUCUUACCAUCAGCGUGCAGAUAAUUAACUAAGGCCUAGUCCUGGCGUAAGCUAAGCCUUGUCUGUGAAACCGGGCCACAAUAGUACACAGUAAAUGUUGUCGUGCAGCUUCUUCUACAAUCUUGAGGCAAGCAUUUCCGAUCUGAAAUUAAAGGCAGAUCGGUUACAUCCUUGUGAAAGCUGCCAUGUUUAAAAUAAUGCAUUGUCUCAGCUUCAGCUGCUGUUAGGGCUGUCACGAUUAUGAAAUUUGAUUGGCGAUUAAUUGUCUAAUAAAUCAUUGCGAUUAUGACGAUUAAUUGCCUGUUUUAGGGCUUUGGCGAUUAUGACGAUUAAUUGUCUGUUUUUGAGCUUUGACAUUUAAUUCUCAUACAUUUUUGAUUCAGCGGUUGAAACGACCAUAUUGUUCUGAAUACAAGACUAUGUUUUUUUCUUGGAAAUACAUCGGAAAAAAUUGGGUCAUCAUAUAUUUAAGGUUUAGGCUUUUACCUGUCAAUAAUACAACCACCAAAUACUUGUAAAUUAAGUAAAUUGAUCAGGGGUGAAUUGAAGCCACCAUUAAAAUGCUAUCAGUCAUAGAAAAGCUUCUAGUCUGUUUUUUUCUCACUUGCAAGACUACAAUAAAAUUUUACUUGUGUGUUAAUGAAAUUUUGGUAGACUGGUUUUCACACUGAGAUUUGCUUAAAUAAUAUUAAAUUGUACUGCAGGUAAUUUGUAUGUGUUUUUUUUUUUUUAAGUGAUUGUGUUGUGGUGGUACAUUUUACAAGUAUUACCAUGCUUUAGUAACAAUAUACACACUAAAAUAUGCAAUAUGCAGAUACACUACAGCUCCCCCUAGUGUCUUCUAUAGAGAUGUGCAAUAAUUGCGAUGAUCUGAAACCAUCGCGAUGAGGUCAAACAAUCACGAUGAGACGAUUAUUUAAUAAUCGCGACAGCCCUAGCUGCUGUCUUAGACUGCAUGGGUUCUGAAAACACCCACUUGGUGUACAGUCAGUCAUGGUACGGACAUACUUGUUGCUGCGUUCUGUUUCUGGUAGUGGUCCAAUCAAUCUAAACCAAGCACCUCCCAAGCUUCUUUUACCUGCAUGGGACAACAUUAGCAUCAGUCAAAUGCUGGUAAAACUACACAAGCAGUUGUUUGUACAGUUGUACAAACAAAACCAUAGCAAAGUUAUCGCUUUCCAGCUUGGCUUCACACAUCGGCCGAGAAGCGCUAUCACAAACGAUCUGUCAGUCACUCUCACCAUAACCACACGGACACAGAUUAAAGUACAUAUCAUGGUAUAUGCUUAUAUUGUAUGUAUCUUGUGAGUGGAAAACGAUCCCAGCUAACACGGUACGUUCUGACAACGUCGCCAGUGCGUCUUCAUUUGGUCAACGUGACAUUACUUUGUGACCACGUUCUGAAGACGUCUUGGCAAUGUUCCAUUUCUUUGAAUUUUUUCUUACAUUCCAGAAACGUCCUAGCCACGUCCUCAAAUAACGUCGUGAAUUAAUCCCAUGGAGAACGUUGUAGCGACGUGAUGUACUGGUCCUCAGAUAACGGGGACACAUGGUCAUUUGAUUAAUGAAUCUGGUCAUUUUUGCUAACGUACCAGAAACGUCCUAGCCACGUCCUCAAAUAACAUUGUGAAUUUAUAUAACAUUCAUCACCCAAAUGCAGUGAACAAACAAACACCUGAACUUCGCGAACGUAUGCUCUAUCUCUCUCCUGCACACAAGUGAAAGUAAUGUCUGCGCAUGCUCCUUCUCCUGCUCUCCUUGCUGCUGCGUGGUUGUGCCAUACAGUAUGCUUUUCCGGGAGAAUUGUCCAAUAAGGGACUAAGAAAAAUUGUAACGAAACAGUUUUAUAUGUUGGAAAAAAAACUUUCUGAAACCUGUACGAUCGCUGGGGGAGUGUAUCGAGCACAAAAAUACUACAUAAUACGCCCAUCUCGUUUUUUGACAAGUUGACCAUGUUAAACAUGAGAAGACAGCAUGUUUAACAUUGUAAAGAAGUGAGAAUGCAUGACACACCCUUGCACCACCCCUUUAAGUAGCGCAGGAAUAUUUGUGGCAAAAGCCAACAAAACAUUGUAUGGAUCAAAAUUUAUUUUAGGUUUCUUUUAUGCCAAAAAUCAUUAGGAUAUUGAGUAAAGAUCAUGUUCCAUGACGAUAUUUUGUAAAUUUACUACCUUAAAUAUAUCCAAACUUUAUGUUUAGAUAUUAAACUAUGUUUAGUUAAACUUUUUAGUGGAUGCAGCAAAAUCGCUAGCAAAAAUGGUUGGAAACACACCUACAAACUUCACUCGCUGCUGCCCGCUCUUUGGGAAUUAAUCACUCAAGUUUGGUAUCUAUGAAAAUCUACGAAUUCUGCUUUCGGGUUCAUCUACUCUCCAAAACAUCAUUACAGUGGUAAACCAAUAGAGAGCAUUCAAACAAAUCUGUUUCUUCUUAGCAACGCCCUGCUACACUGCGAUUUUCUCAAUGUUUUUAUUUUUUGCAUCCUCAGAUUCCAGAGUUUUAAAUAGUUGUAUCUCUGCCAAAUAUUGUCCUAUAAUAACAAACCAUACAUCAAUGGAAAUCUUAUUUAUUCAACUUUCAGAUGAUGUAUAAAUCUUAAUUUUGAAAAAUUGACCCAUAAGACUGGUUUUGUUGUCCAGGGUCACAUUUGUAUUUGUAUUGCGUGUUAUUUUGGUGAACUGUCUUGCUGUGUUCGGCUUGUUGCGUCUCACUUCUGAAGCACAGUAAGGAAAAAUACCUUACUGUAAGUGUGUGUUGGGGGGAGGUGUUGCACGUGCACAGAGGGCCAAGGCUCAAACGUCACGGUUCGCUACUGCUAUAGGCAUAUAGGCAUAACAUGCGUUUAUAUGUUUGUUUUUAUGCUUUAUCCUAUAAUCACACUGGCAUCAUUCUUUAUUCUCGGCAGCAACUCAUUUUGCCUCCGUUAUUUAUUAACAUUAAACUGAAGCGCUUCGCCCAUGGCACAGUCAUAACUUCUGCCCUGGCAAAAAAAAAACACAGUACCCCAAAUAAUGAACGACACCAAAAUACGUUCCCGCGGCUAUGGAGCUGUGUCUAUUUAAAGCUAACCGGUGUUCAUGUUUAUAUGUACAUACAGUCAUAUAUGUCAAAAAGGCUCAAACAAGGACAAUAAGUGAUUAGCAGGAGCCGUUGAAUGGGGCUGCUCGAUUAUGACAAAAAUCAUAAUCACGAUUAUUUGGGCCAAUAUUGAGAUCCCGAUUAUUUAACACGAUUACUCCUUAACGUUUGAAACAACAGAAAAAUUUAAAAGCUUGGCUUUUAAUAUGUGAAUUCAACUGAAAAAUAAAUGUAAAGAAAAUAGCACAGUUGAACCACUAUAAACGAAAACUGCGCUGUGGUUUUAUACCACAAGAAAAGAGAGGAUCCUUGCAAAAUGGAAUGCGGCACAAUAAUCGUUUCACCUCGAUUAUUUUUGUAAUUGUUGAAGGCCAAAAUUGCCGAUUACGAUUAAUUUUCGAUUAAUUGCACAGCCCUACCGUUGAAUAUGAGAGUUACGACACUCGAUCUCACAGCCGUGUGGUCACGUGGUUCAUGGAGCCAAUAGGGAGGCUCAGAGAUGACAUAUUUUUGUAUUUAGUAUUUUAGGACUUUCGGUUGCAUCGCUCCAAAGUCUAUUGCUGUGUCCGAAAUCGCCUACUUCCAUAGAAAAGUGUCCAUCCGAUCCACACUCACGAAUCUCGACGGAAGUAAUAGACCAUCCGGGUAUAUCUCGCCUACUGUUUUUUGCAUACUGAUUUUUCGGACAUACGAUUCAUGACAGGACAGUUUUAUAUCCCAUGAUGCUACGGGAGCUGAGCAAUGGUCAAAUUUCAAAACAAAAUCAAAUAAAUAUAGCAGAAAACUUUAAAGCGGCAGUCCGCAAGUUCUUUUGAGUAAAAAUUAGCUAAAACCAAUUAUUGAGCAAGUACAUGAAAGAACGGUGUUUAAAACUGUGUGAUUACUCUUGCUGGAUUCACGAUGGAAAGCCUGUAAUAAUGGUUUGUAAUUUACCCUGUCGGGUCAUCUUUCCCGGAGAUCCUUAUGUGGUGUCUUUCGUCUAUGCGUCAUUUCGUCACAUUCGUACACAGAACAAAGAGGAUCCGGCUGAAUGUGGAUGCGAGUGACAGGCGGUUUAUAGCGUGUAGUGUACUCACAACUGCUGGGUAGGAUUUCAUACAACGUUUAGUAUUAUUUAUGGCGGCGUUUAGUACUUUUACUUUUAAACGCCAAGCAGUGUUGACAUCUGGGGAUUCAUCAUUUGUGAAAAACAAGAAAGAACGAACUGAUGACAGUUUACAAAGAAACAGGGAAUGUGAUCGGACUCGUGCGAAAACAAGAAUUAAUAUUGGCAAGGCAUUUCAAAGGUGGCGUGAACUCUGUGAUCUGAAAGUAUUGUAAAUGGAUGCAGACAUCGCUUUAUUUCUUCUGAACAGGUAAGACAUUUCAAUAUUUCAAUAGAUAACACAAAAACCGUAGCGCACUUGUUGUGUUAAUAUAGACGGGUACAGUUUCAUCGGUUGUUCUUUAUCUCUUUGUUAUGUUCAUUGUGAUAAAUGUAACUUAAGACCUAUUCGCAGGGGAUUAGUAUUAUCUAGGGACCUCGUGUGAUUUAGAAAUGACCUCCCCACAUCUGUAUUUCAUGUGGCGCGAAUUAGCACGGACAAGUGAAGCCUGUGAUUUUACUUAGGCUAUAUCCCGGAUGUGAUGGCAAGGCUUUGCAUAUAGUAUAUAUAGUUGUAUGGUGUAUAAUGAUUUAUGACCGUGCCUGUCAGCAUUUAAGACCCGCGUUCGGGGAUCUUCUGUCCGGUUCGCGUUACGGGAGUUUCCAUGAGAAAUAACAAAACUGGAGACUCCCAGUCAAAACGGCAGUGUUGGCAGGUAUGGAAAUGACCCAGCACCCGAAAUAAUAUCAAAACUCUUCAGCACAGCCUCCAUUUGCGCUAUUUGUGUCUGUUUAUGUUCGUAUUUGUUUCAUGUUAUAUCAUCUGACAUGUUAUCUGUGUUUAUUAUGCACUACUGAUGUACAGUGAAGAUUCUCACCGGUGCACUGUCACAGGCCACGACUCAAAACAUCAGACUCAUCUGCGCAGUUGAGCAGUGCCGAAUCACAACUCACGUAAAUAAAUACCUCCGCACAUCACCUGCAGUAGCAAUUACAAACUGAGAUGGCGACAAAGAGGCCAAUCCUACGGACUGCCGCUUUAAGGCGGACGUCCGUUUUUAAUGAUAGAAGCAGAACAGAAUCCUGAGGAUGGCGAGCACCAUGCAGUCUGCAGAGGAAUUCCUAAGAAAUGGUCGAACUUUACUAACUACAAGCCACCUGAAUUGUGAUCCUGUAAUGGAAGGCUUGGAUCAAUGCAAUUUUUUCAUAAAUGAUGAGAAGGAUUCAGUUAACUCUGCAGCAGAUAGGUGGGAUAUUUUGCUCGACAUAGUUUUUUCUAAAGGAGAAGAAGCAUGUCACACAUUUUUAAAAAUUCUCGACAAGAAAAGAUUUGAUGUCUUUCCAAGACCUGGAUUAACGAAUCCGGAUUUACAUUACUGGAUUAGCUGCUUCUCCUUCCAGGAUGAGUCACAAUUUCAAAAUGCAAACAAAUCAGACUCAGAUCCUUGUACGAUAUACCAAGGGUUUUUGAGGCUAAAAGCAAGACAAAUACUGGAUGAAAAAUGGAAACAAACAAUGAACUUCUUGAAAAAUGAGCCACAACGAAAGCCCUUUAAAUACAUACCUCUUGUUCUGGACACAGAUUGUGGUGCCAUUUUAAAGCUUAAAAAUAAAAAGGCGCAUAAAAGUCGCUGGAAAAAACUGAAGGUCUGCAUUCCAACAAACAAGAAAAUGUUGUCGCCUAAACAGUUAGUAAUGAAUGAUGAGAAAAGCAUUCUGCUUGUGGGAAAACCUGGAGUGGGAAAGACAACAGUUGCACUGGAGAUUCUUAGGCUCUGGACAGAAGAGAAAAGCAUUCAAAUGAAUUACAAGUAUAUGUUUUAUUUCGAUGAGCCACUGAUGAGAAUCUUUUCCCAGUCUUCGUUUCCUCAGACCUUGAAGGACCUUCUUAUCCACAACUACAUAUCCCCAAAUGAGACAUCAGAUCAAGUGCUUGAAAAUAUUGAGAGCAAUUCAGAGAAUGUUGUCCUAAUCUUUGAUGGCAUCAUGGAUGUAAUUGGUAACGCAGUUAUAAAACGGCUCAUGGAUAAAGAACUUUUAAACGAUGCAAAGAUCUUGACCACUUGCCGACCAGAAGCUGAGGAUUCAGGUUACCUGUCAGACUGGUCAUCUUAUCGAGUUGACGUUCUGGGCUUCAAUCAUGAAUCCAUCCAUGAAUACUUCAAAUGGAUGUUGGGGACAGAGGCUGAUUCAGGUGUCUGUGCUUUGGACAACCCGGAGCUAUUUAGUUUGUGCUCUGUGCCACUGUAUGCUUUCAUAGUAACUGCAUGCAUUUCAAUAAGUCCAGAUGAAGCCAGAAAUAAGCCAUUUACAAUUACUGAGAUGUAUGUUCGAAUUUUUCGCUUUUGCAUGAAACAGCAUGGGGAUCAAAAUGUGGAACACCUGGAUAAGUACAUUACAGACAACAAGAACGAGAUUGCAUCCUUAGCUCUCGCCUCAUAUGCAGCAAUGCUAGCAAAGACAGUGAACCUAACAGAUAUUGACCAUAAAGACAGAUCUGUACAAAAUGCUUUCUUGACAACAAUGCAGUCCACGAACAAGCCAUCUACCUCUUCAAGAGUGUCCGCAUUCCUUCACAAUACAAUGCAAGAGUUUUGGGCAGCUCUCUUUCUCAUUCUGAAUCCUGACAACAUACCUCAUGUGCUGAAUCAAUGUCGCAGCAAUGAAGAAGGAAAAUACCUCAAAUAUAUCAUUCCAUUUUUGUCUGGACUUCUGUCCGAUAAACUGGUGGCGUUAAUAAAGUGUUUGGUGCCGGUAAAACAGAUCCACGCAACACGUACCAAGUACUUUCAGAAGAUUGUAGACACUUUCCUUUACACUAAUGAACUGAACCAGGAGGGAGAUUACGAGCAGUUUGAGAAUGCUGAGAAUGUCCUUUUUGUGUGCCGAUGCCUUUAUGAGUAUCAGUCUUCUGAAGCAUGCCGUCUCUUUCUGGAAAAGAUUCAGUAUGAACUUGAUUUACAGGAACAAGGGACACUUGAUCCCCAUCAGUGCUGUGUCGUAUCCUAUGUGGUCAGUCAGGCUAAGAAGCACACUGUUAAUUUGGACCUCACAGAUUGUGACGUUUCUGACCCCGGAUUAAAACUUAUUCUAGGCUCAUUGACAUAUCUCAAAUCUCUUAGGACAACAAGCAAGUUGCAGUCUCAUAUGUGGAAAGUGGCUCUUGAAACAGGACAGUUUUCUGAUUUUGAGAGUCUGCUUCAAUUAUUCAGCUCUGAAAUGCAUCUUAUUGUGCAUGAAAAACAAGACCAGAAAGUGAUUCAAAGAAUAGAUGAAGUCCUUAUGCGGAAGAGAUCUGAGAAUGUUCAUCUUCAUCUGCAUGUAAAUGAAAGCUUUGUAACAAGAUCGUUGCCGCAGACCAUAUUUAAGAGCCUUCCCAAUAUUGCAACCAUUAGGAUUUCUCCCAAUCACAUGAAAGUAGCUGUAGAGUCAGAGCUGUAUCUUCAAGGAGCUAUGUAUGAGAGGAAGACAGGUCAACGAUGUGUAAGAAAUCUACUGUCUGUGCUCAGCAGUGAUCAAAGAGAAAACUUUAAGGAGCAGUGUGAUUUUGUACUGAAACUGCAUGUGCAUGCUAGGAACAUGGAUGUUUGUCCGGUUUUGCAACCUGUGUUUCAUGCAUUGCCACGUAUAUGGGUUGUACAGCCUUCAAACGUAGCAUUGCUCCUGAAGACCAUGAAAGUUCUAAAUAUAAAAAAGCCAGCUGAAUUAGAUGUCACAUAUGAGCAAAGUGAACUUAAACAGUUUCUUCAAUGCAUGCCAUAUGUUACAGAAAUCAGGUUCCAUGGUGCUUUUAGACAGCCUGAAGAAAUCCACAAGAUUGUAAAGAUUGUUGCUGAUCUUUUCAUUCUCGCAUCUGAAAGUGGAGAGGUGGCACUCAGGAGCCUUUCUGCAGCGUGUAGUUACUCAACAUUCCCAUUUGCUGAAGAGGCUGAAGAUGUGCAGAGCUCCUUCUUUUUAGAUCUCUUCACCCAGCUAAAUGAGAGUUCGUCAGGGAAAACAGCGUUGCCGGCAUUGAAGCCUAUUCUUAAGGUUGCUCCAGCUGUAUGGAUACUGGACCAACCAACACUAAAGAAGACGCAUGCUCUGAAUGAACUACUGAAGCUUCAGUCUGUCCAAAAAAAUGUGGAGCUCAGGAGCUGCUCAUUCGACAAGGACAACCUUAGGAGUUUCCUAAAUUGUUUAUCCUAUAUUUCAAACAUUAGCUGUGCUGAGGAGUUUUUCCAGGCAGUGUGUGGAAUCCUCUCAACUGACAGGGAAUGGAACCCGAAACAAGUUAUUGAGCUGUUACGACUGCUUGGUUUUAGAAUUUCGUUGACAGAGAUGCUGCUAAGUCGCCUAUGUCAGGCUAUUGGCAGUGUUCUUAAACUGCUGGAUGAAGAAGAGGUUUUUCUAAGUCUUCUCCCUCAAGACAUCUUGUGUCAUGGUUCCUCUUUCCUUUUUUCAAAUAUGAAAAGGCUUCAGACAUUAAGAAUAAACAAAAUUGCAACAUCUAAACUAGCAAGACUGGUUAAGUCACCUAGAUCAGGAAUAAAUUCCACAACUGUGGAAAAGCUGUCUGUGGUUUUGUCCAGCUCUGAUCUACCAGAGAGAUCUAUCUGCCAACUAUUAAGUAGCCUGACAUGUCUUCUUAGGGUCUGGACCGUGCACAACUUGGAUCUUUCAGAGUUUAAAAUUAAGGCUCACCUAUUCAUAUGCCUCCUGAGUCAUCAGGGUCCGUUGUCUAUUACAUUUCAUAAGGACAGUCUGCAACAACUAGCAGAAUUUGUGUAUGAUGCUCAUGAUGAAGAUCUGACACAGCUGUUUCUGGAAAAAACUGAUGGAGACUUAUCACCUUGUAGUCUGUCCUGGGAUGUUUUAUAUUAUUUGAUUCGGGGUGCAAAGAAGCAUGUGACACUUGACCUAGCAGAGGGAAGAUUUAAUUUAACCAACAUUCCGAGCCUUCUUACAGUACUUGACACAGUUCGCUUUAAGAGGAUAAGUGCACGAUUUGUAAGGGCUGCAUUGAAAGAGAUAUACCGGAAAAGGGCAGGUCAUCUAAUUGCAAAGUUAUUGCGAGCUUCCGCCGACCUGAUUAACCUUUCCAUGAGAGAGUUGGAUUCCACUGACUGCAAUUCCCUCUGCUUUGCCCUGCACUACAGUGAUGGAGUUAAACUCAACCUUUUGAACUCUAUCAUACCAAAUAAUGAGACUGAAAACAUCGUCAGACUUCUGCAAAGAGUUUCUGAUCUCAGGAUUGAUAGAAAGCUGCUGUUAAACUUCCUUCGUGUCUCUAAGGGGAUGGAAAAACAAGGUUAUUCCAUGUCUGCGCUCUUAACCGCACUAAACUACAAAUUGGACUUUUCUGGUCAUUCGUCAAUCAGUAGUGGUCGUUUUGGUCAAGAGAAUGCAGAUCCUCUUUCUCUAAGUGUGAUGGAUUGCACAGCCAUUUCCUCUGUCAUUGAAACAUCAGUCUGUCACACAGAAUUAGUUUUAUAUGACUGCCAAGCAGAUGAUUCUGCACUUGAAUGUCUGUUCCCUAUAUUACACAAAGUGCAUCUUCGCUUGAGCAAUGGCCUUCUUUGCCAGUUUCUGACCUUGAUUUUAAAUUCCCCCAUGGCUAUGUCUUUGAAAUGGGCAUCAUCAUUAUCCAAAGCACUUGGAAAACAGCUAGACCUCAGUGACACUCCUCUUAACUACCGUACCUGUGAGUCUCUGCAGUUAGUCUUGGACUACACAGAGGAGCUUACAGAUCUUAAUCUCAGUCAUUGUCAAAUCACGGAUGCAUGCUUGGAUCUUUUGGCUCCUCACCUUAACAAAAUUAUGAAUCUAGAUCUUACUGGCAAUGACAUAACUGACAAAGGAGUACAGAGACUGUGCAGUGCCUUAGAAGGAAACAGUUUCACAAAGACCAUAUGCCUUUGUGACAACCAAAUAACAGAGACUGGCCUCCUGAUGGAGGAAGCACGUUUUGUUACCCUACAUGCUGGUACAAUGAGACAUGCAAAACAGCCCAACAAUUCUGUGACAAAAUAUGUUGGAUCACAAAGCAGGAUGGAAGAAACACGUAUGACUUCUAAGAGACAAGAUCAAAUGGAGCAGUUUGAUCCUGAACUAGAAGUGAAUAAUGGCAAGAUUAUUUAUAGGUUUCGGUGCAGCACAGGAGGCCUUUUCAUGUGCAGGGCAACUGGACUCGUGUUCUUAAUAAAAGGAGCCGGAUGCGUAGAGUACAAUGUGGUUCACUGGGAUAUGCGUCUCCUCUGCGAAACACAUUAUGAGCCUGCUGGUCCUCUGUAUGAUAUCAAAAUGCCUACAGGAGAAAUGUAUGAACUUCACCUUCCACACUGUGAAACACAAGUUGAUGCGAUUGGAAAUCUUUCUGUUGUCCAUACACACGAAAACAUACUGGAAUUCAUGGCUCCAGUUAAAAUGACUAAAACACAUAUAGCUGUAAAUGUCUGUCGGUUAUCUCUCUAUGGUAUUGUGGAUAAGAACAACCAGGACUGCAAAAAGAUCAGGGGGCAGGUGCUGCUGUUUCUGGAACCUGACAUCUCUGAUGAACAGCAAAGAAUAUGGGUUUUUCUAUUGCCAAGCAGUGUUCCACUCUUGGAGAUAAAGGAACAGCAACAAGAAUAUCAGUUCAUCCAAACCAGCUCUAACUGCAAACUAUUGUUAAAUUCCAAGUACACUCUGAUCGCAAAAAAGGCAAAAAGAAUCCAACCAAAGGAAAGCUUAUUUGAAUCUCUGCAUGCUGGUAAUUACCAUCCUACAUAUGAGGUGUUUUUAGAUAAAUCUGUGAAUCAACUGAGAAUUAAAAUUCAACGUAAAAUAACAGGGAAAGGAAAGAUUACCUUCAGAACAGCAUGGAAUCGGUUGAUAAUUCUUAAAGCAAAACAAGUGUGUCCCCAAGGAAACAUGCAUCAUAACAAAACAAAGUGGAAAUCUGAUCUUUGUGAAAUCAUUGAGGACCUCACCAGUGACCAUCUCAAGAAACUAAAGCAUUUAAUGCGAAACUGUGCAAACCACAUUCCUGCGUCUAAACUUGAAGAAACAAAUGAAGACAGAUAUGAGUUGGUCAAUUUGAUUGUUGAAUCAUGGGGAUUUAAAGAAUCGGUUAAAGCCAUUAAGGAGUUUAUGAAUAAGCUCCCUCGCAAGGAUGAUUUUGUGAAAAAACGAUUGGAACCAUACUUGACUGUUUGACCUUCAUGGUUAGAAGAAUAUCAGACCCUGCAAUUUUUUACAUGAACAUUCAAUGGUUACCGUAGAAUGGUGUUAUUUCAAGUCAGUUAUGUUUGUAUGCUGCUUCAGUUGUAAAUAUAACUGUAUAUACAGUUGUGUAAUAUAUUUCGACCGCAUGCGUGUUCAGGUUGAUGCAUGCAACGUUAAUCAUGUCUGGAUGAACUGCAUUUAGAUAUUGUAAAGAAAAUAUAUAUAUUUGUAAGAUUUUUGUCAUCACAGAUUGAACAUUUCAGUUCAUUGAGCUCACAUUAUUGUUUAUGGCUUUUCUGUUGUAUUCUUUUGGGUUUAAACCAACAAUGAGUAAAAGGUCAUCGGUUCAUACCCAAAUGUGUUUACCUCUUGUUUGAACUUAUCCCUGACUUUAUACUGUUCUCUUGCCUUUAUACUGUUCAUUUUGUAUACAUUGUAUUAUAUGUAAGUAGCCUAAAUUAAAAAAUAAAUGUA